GUCUUUCAUGAUACAGAGAAGUUUUUCCAGAUGAAGAAGGGUCAGUGUAAAGAUGCCCUGGAGAUCUAUAAGAAAUUCCUGACACGGAUGACCAGGGUUUCAGAGUUCCUCAAAAUCGCUGAGCAAGUGGGCAUCGACAAGAACGAUAUACCAGAGCUAACGCACCUUCCCGAGAGUCUGCUGGAGUCCCUAGAAACCCACCUCAACACACUGGAGGGAAAGAAAGUUGAUGACUCCCCAACCAAGAUGGUGUCUCCAACCAAUAACGGCUCGGUCACGGGCACUCCAGUGAAGACGCUGGACACUCCAGCGGCCGCUGCGGGCGGUGUCAGCCCCACCUCUGCCGGCCCUCCUGCCAGACCAAAGCCACCGGCCGCUGCUGCAGUUUCUGCUGCUGCUGCCGCCUCAGCCGCUACAGCCGCCACAGCCGCCACAUCCGCUGCCACUGCUGGUGGCUUGUCUAAUGACCUUGUGGACUUUGACCUCUUGGCACCAGGAGCGAGUUCAGGACCUCCCAUAUCCUCCUGGGGAGGCUCCCUGACUGCUCCUGCUGCCACUAGCUCCGCUGAGCCUGCAGCUGACUCCGCCUCUGACACAGCUGCUCCACCUACUACUGCCACCAAUGGCCAAUCAGAAGCCCCCGCAGCUGCCGCUGCUCCCGCCUCUGUGGCAGCCGCAGCCCUGCCUGUGCCUGCCCCCACCACCUCCAUCUCUGACAUGGAUCUGUUCGGAGCUGGCUGUGACCCAGCUGUGUGUGAUGACCUGUGGCUGCAGCAGUAA